UAAGGCCUAUUUCUCAUUCAUGCAUCAUUAGCAUUCAUCACUCUUCUCAGUCUUUUCCCCAUCUAAAACCUCACCCUGUUCUGCUUCUUCUCUUUUUCAUAGUAAUACGAACAAGCGAACAAGAACCAUGGUUGUUCUGUCUCAGCCAGCAUUGAACCAGUUUCUCCUUCUGAAACCAUGCAAGUCCACGCCCUUGUUCACGGGGAUUCCUGUGGUCGACUUCACGCACCCCGAUGCCAAGAACCUCAUAGUGGAGGCCUGUAGGGACUACGGCUUCUUCAAGCUCGUCAACCACGGUGUUCCAUUGGAGUUAGUGGCCAAUUUAGAAAACGAAGCCCUCAGCUUCUUCAAAAAAUCUCAGUCAGAGAAAGACAGGGCUGGUCCCCCCGACCCUUUCGGCUACGGUAGCAAGAGGAUUGGCCCAAACGGCGAUGUCGGUUGGGUCGAAUACCUCCUCCUCAACACCAACCCUGAGGUCAUCUCACCCAAAUCACUCUCCAUUUUCCGUGAAAAUCCUCAUCGUUUCAGGGCGGUGGUGGAGAACUACAUUACAGCAGUAAAGAAGAUGUGUUAUGCGGUGUUGGAAUUGAUGGCAGAGGGGUUGGGGAUAGGGCAGAGGAAUACCUUAAGCAGGUUGCUGAAGGAUGAAAAAAGUGAUUCGUGUUUCAGGAUGAACCACUACCCGCCGUGCUCUGAGGUGCCAACACUGAACCAGAAUUUGGUUGGGUUUGGGGAGCACACAGACCCACAGAUAAUUUCUGUCUUAAGAUCUAAUAGCACAUCAGGCUUGCAAAUCUGUCUCGCAGAUGGCACUUGGGUUUCAGUCCCACCUGAUCAGACUUCCUUUUUCAUCAAUGUUGGUGAUGCUCUACAGGUAAUGACUAAUGGGAGGUUUAAAAGUGUAAAGCAUAGAGUUUUGGCUGACACAACGAAGUCAAGGUUGUCAAUGAUCUACUUUGGAGGACCAGCUUUGAGUGAAAAGAUAGCACCUUUACCUUCAGUGAUGGUAAAAGGAGAGGAAAGUUUGUACAAAGAGUUCACAUGGUGGGAAUACAAGAAGGCUGCGUACACUUCAAGGCUAGCUGAUAAUAGGCUUGCCCCUUUCGAGAAAUCUGCUGCUGAUUAAGCAAACACAUCCUUCAAAUUCUCUACUCAUUUUUCGCACGUGUUAUUACCCCACUUUUUUUUUCCUUUUGUUGUGUGUCUGUCUAGGUUUCAAACACUUGACUCCACUUGACAUAUAUAGAAAAUGAAUAGGUUAAGAUGUUUAUCAUUUUCUUUUUCUUGUUUCAUCUAAAUGUAACAGUCGGUCACUACUACUUCCCUUCCCUCUAUUGUUAAUGGAACGCAACUCUAGUUACAUCUUUUUCUAUUCC